CUGCCGGUCGCAGCCUCCCGUUACGUAUGUACUGUAAAGGCAAAACGCGCUGGGCAGCGCAAUGCGUCACCUAGGUGGGCGGGAAAAUGCUAGCAGAGGUGACUUGGGAAGAGCGCUGUGAAGCGUCAACUCACCUGCCUCAGGCCCUCAAGACACUCUGUUCGGACACCGCGAGCAGAGCGUAAGGAGAGACAACUCUCAGCCAGUCGAACAUGGGUAUUGUCAUACACCUAGCUACUGCAGCUGUAGUCGUCACAAUCGCUUGGGGCCACACACACGCAUUCGGGAAACUGGGUGACGCCGUAGAAGUGAUGCCAACCGACCAGGAAGAUGAGUUGGCCUUCGUGUCUGUUCUACAAUGCGCAAUGAGGGCAUCCUCUCAGAAGUCUACCUACUUUGGCACUCGGCAUUUUCUUGAAGGGAUGAGGUGCUACCUGUCAACGCCACAGGCAUCUGCAGAAUCUUUGCAGAGGACUGACGACCUCAACAGCAGCGUCUGGGCAUUAUUAGACGGACAAACCCAGGUUUCAGGUGCAGUAGUACCAUCCGUCUCUCAAGUGGAAACUACACCAGCCUCUCUUGUCGAAACUACAUCGGCCUCUCAGGAAGGAGCUACUUCAUCUGGAGUAAGCUGUACUGCCUGUAACCCAUCAGACCCGACGACCUGGGGCAUAAUACCCGGACAGGUAGGCUGUUCAACAUACAACAUGUGCACCGUGAGCGGUCUGGUGUCCCAAAGCUGCGGGGUGUCCCUUGUACUCAGCAGCUUAAAUAUCUGUGAUUUUUCCUUUAUAGUGAAUGAGCCAUGCCUUUGCUGAAGCAUCCUAUCUUCACGAAAACAUCAAGGAAGAUUGAACUCGGAUUUUACAUUUACCUAUAGCCAGUGAGCUCACUUUUGAUGAGAAAGGCACCCUUUUCAUUUUCUCUUAGUAGAUGGUGUCUUGAUAUUUUAUCAUAAUGCAUAAGGUGAGAGUAAUCUAGAACGUAUAGUAACUACAUUGAAGGAUAUAGAAUGUAUAUGUAAUAGAUUGCUCCCGUGUAUUCUUGGCUGGAAGAAUUCCCAUGUAUGAGCAUUAAGUUUGUGUAUUAACUAAAUAAAACUAUAUUAGCUGAGUGAAUGCCUCAGAAAAAAUUGUAUGUGCAUCGUCAGAAAAUCGGGUAACAGGGCAUUACUGUGACUGAUGUAUAUUUGAUAAACAUUAAUAAUACAGAAUAAAUACAACGGAUUUCA